UCCCUUGGGCUCUAGCUUUGACAGCGACAAAGGGAGCGUCCCUCAACUGCGUGUGGGUGAGACAGUCCCACUCGCCCGACCACUGACUAUGUACAAUGCCGCGAAAGUGUAUUGUUGCAGUGCACGUGGGGUUAGCGGUGUGCUUGACAGCUCAGGGCAUUUGUUCUGGGUGUUCUCCAUGGAUGGUGAGGAAGAAGACGACAGCGACGAUGAAAAAUCUGAGUCAGACGAGGACUAG